AUGACUCCUUCUGAAUACGGCGGGCUGUUCAAUCCACCACUGGAACACCAUCUCAACCAUAUCCAUGUCUCAGGACUCUGGAGAGUGACGACUCUUUUCUCGGGGAUUCUCCUUCUGGUGGGCUAUCUCCUGUUGGCGGUAGUCUUCGACAACUCGGAUGCAAAUACUCAUAUCAAUCACACUCCCGCUGUCGUUGCCGCUCUUUUUUUCAUUGCCCUCGCCAACGUCUCCUCCUUUGGGAUCGCCUUUUUUCAACGCCAUCAACCGCUAUUCCUUCUGCGCUCAUUAUUUAUGCCAUUCGUGAUAAUUAAUUUAAUCGCCUUGUUCAACUUCCUUCUCAACGUCUUCGCUCGCGAUCUCUUCCCUCUGUCCGCGCUCCGGGUUAUCGCCAUUGGUCUUACGAGUGCCUUUGCCCUGGUACAUGGCGGUAUAGCGAUCCUAAUUUACCACGAAUAUGAAUAUGAUGGCAGCCCUCGAACCAAUCGCGGUACACCCUUGUUGAGUGACGAGGAAAUGCAGCGCCGGCAGCUUGCCCGACUGUUGGGGGAUCGCUCUGCGGGGGCGCCGUCUCCCGAUAUUGUGAACAGCACAUAUCGGCUUGAAAUCCCCACUUUGGAGCCCAUCCAGAAAGCUUGGGCUGGAGAAUUAAGCCUCCCGCCAACAUCUCGGUUUCCUUCGGAUCCUGAACCCCACUGGAGUAGGGUGAACCAGUCCAUCAUUUGA